AUGAGAGAUGAGAAAGGAGAACUAGGGGACAUAGCUAGAAGCUCAAGACAAAUGUGCCACAGGAAUGUCAGGAAGUAUAUCUACAGUCUCGAGGUGAAGUUGCUGGUUUCUUUCCUGGGCGUGGCUCUACUGGCCUCCGUGAUCCAGGCUGGUAGACACGGAGGUGGUGGAGGCUACGGGGGAGGUGGACACGGUGGAGGUGGUGGCUACGGAGGCGGUGGACAUGGAGGAGGUGGCUAUGGAGGAGGCUACGGUGGAGGCGGACAUGGUGGUGGCUACGGAGGUGUCGGUGGAACAUCAAACAACAACUUCAACCUAGCAGGACCCAAAGGAGGUGGAGGAUACGGUCACGGCGGUGGAGGCGGUGGCGGGUACGGUGGUGGCGGGUACGGUGGUGGCGGGUACGGUGGUGGCGGGUACGGUGGUGGCGGCUACGGUGGUGGCGGCUACGGUGGUGGCGGCUACGGUGGUGGCGGCCACGGUGGUGGCGGCCACGGUGGUGGACACGGCAAAGGCUCCGGAAGUGGACAUGGUGGAGGCUAUGGAGGGAGUGGAUAUGGUGGAGGCUACGGAGGAUACGGAGGUGGUGGAGGCUACGGAGGUUACGGAAGUGGUGGAUAUGGUGGGGGAUAUGGUGGGGGAUAUGGUGGGGGAUAUGGUGGUGGACAUGGUGGCGGCUAUGGCAGUGGUGGACAUGGCAGUAGCUACGGUAGUGGCGGUUAUGGUGGUAGCAGCUAUAGUAGUAGCAGUUAUGGUGGCAGCAGCUAUGGUGGUGGACAUGGUGGCGGCUAUGGCGGAAGCGGACAUGGUAGCAGCUAUGGUAGUAGCAGCUAUGGUGGUGGACAUGGUGGCGGCUAUGGCAGUGGUGGACAUGGUGGCGGCUAUGGCAGUGGUGGACAUGGCAGCAGCUACGGUAGUGGCGGCUAUGGCGGUAGCAGCUAUGGUGGUAGCAGUUAUGGUGGCAGCAGCUAUGGUGGCGGCUAUGGCAGUGGCGGACAUGGUAGCAGCUAUGGCGGCAGCAGCUAUGCCUCCCUGACCCAGGCUGAUGGAGACACUGGAGGCCACGGAGGUAGUGGACAUGGCAAAGGUCACGGUGGUGAACAUGGUAAAGGCUAUGGAAGCAGUGGACACGGUGAAAGUUACGGGAGUGGUGGACAUGGCAAAGGCUCUGGAGGCAGUGGACACGGUGCAAGCUACGGGAGCAGUGGACAUGGCAAAGGCUCUGGAGGCAGUGGACACGGUGCAAGCUACGGGAGCGGUGGACAUGGCAAAGGCUAUGAAAAAAGUGGACACGGUGGAAGCUACGGGGGUGGUGGACACGACAAAGGCUCUGGAGGUAGUGGACAUGGUGCAAGCUACGGAGGGGGUGGACACGGCAAAGGCUACGUAGGCGGUUCACAUGGAGGCUACAGCGGAGGUGGACACAGUAAAGGUUACGGAGGUGGACAUAGUGGAGGUUAUGGAGGUGGUGGCUAUGGUGGAGGCUACGGAGGUGGAUACGGAAAUGGUGGAUACAGCGGUGGGCAUGGUGGUGGAGGAUAUGGUAGCAGCUAUGGUGGUAGCAGCUAUGGUGGCAGCUAUGGUGGUAGCAGUUAUGGUAGUGGCGGACAUGCUAACAGCUAUGGCGGUAGCAGCUAUGGUAGUGGCGGAUAUGGAAGCAGCUAUGGUAGUGGUGGACAUGGUAGCAGCUAUGGUGGUAGUGGUGGAUAUGGUAGCAGCUAUGGUGGUAGUGGUGGAUAUGGUAGCAGCUAUGGUGGUAGUGGUGGAUAUGGUAGCAGCUAUGGUGGUAGUGGCGGACAUGGUAGCAGCUAUGGUAGUGGUGGACAUGGUAGCAGCUAUGGUGGUAGUGGUGGAUAUGGUAGCAGCUAUGGUGGUAGUGGCGGACAUGGUAGCAGCUAUGGUAGUGGUGGACAUGGUAGCAGCUAUGGUAGUGGUGGACAUGGUAGCAGCUAUGGUGGUAGCAUUUAUGGUAGUGGUGGACAUGGUAGCAGCUAUGGUGGUAGCAUUUAUGGUAGUGGUGGACAUGGUAGCAGCUAUGGUGGUAGCAGCUAUGGUAGUGGUGGGCAUGGUAGCAGCUAUGGUAGUGGUGGGCAUGGUAGCAGCUAUGGUGGUAGCAGCUAUGGUUCUAGCAGCUAUGGUAGUGGUGGACAUGGUAGCAGCUAUGGUGGUACCAGCUAUGGUAGUGGUGGACAUGGUAGCAGCUAUGGUGGUAGCAGCUAUGGUAAUGGUGGACAUGGUAGCAGCCAUGGUGGAGGCAGUUACAAAGGAGGUCACGGAAAUAUUGACUUGCGGAUUUUUGUUUACUUACAGAAGCUGAUUGUGUCUCUCAUUGGAGUUGGCCUUUUGGCUUCCUUGAGCACGGGUCAGGGACACGGAGGAGGCUACGGUGGAGGACACGGGGGUGGACACGGUGGCAGAGGUGGUGGACACGGCGGAGGCUACGGUGGUGGUGGUGGACACGGUGGAGGCUACGGAGGUGGACACGGUGGAGGCUACGGAGGUGGACACGGUGGGGGCUACGGAGGUGGACACGGUGGAGGCUACGGAGGUGGUGGACACGGUGGAGGCUACGGAGGUGGUGGACACGGUGGAGGCUACGGAGGUGGUGGACACGGUGGAGGCUACGGAGGUGGUGGACACCGUGGAGGCUACGGAGGAGGUGGACACCGUGGAGGCCAUGGAGGUGGAUACGGUGGAGGUUACGGUGGAGGUUACGGAGGUGGCUACGGUGGUGGCCACGGAGGUGGCUAUGGAGGACACAUUGGUGGAGGUUACGGCUAUGUUGGAGGCCACGGGAGUGGUGGACACGGAGGUGGACGUGGUGGACAUGGUGGAUACGGAAAGUAAAAAGCUUACUAACCUGUGGAAUACAGUGACACAUUCACUCACAAACCAUCACAGAAUUUACUGGGCAUAAUUUUGCAAGUUCACACCGUAUAUAUUUAAGUUUGUAAAUACAGGAGAAUAAAUAUAAAAUACUGUAAACAUCUUCAUUUGUCCUAAAUGUGUUGAUGUCAGCAAAGAAUUAACUAGAUGGACGAUCCAAGAGCGACAUCUCCCGUUUUCUAUAGCACCAGCAAGAUGCAAGAGUUAGAGGGCAGACGGUUCAACACUGAAGAAAAGCAGGAGCUAUAUAGCUCGUCUCUCCCAAGAAGCCCAGCAGUUAAGUUUCGCCCAAAUCGUGCGUAUCCCACGUUAACCUUGUAAGCAAUGUCCAGAGAAGGUAUAUGUGGGCGAAAAGAGUAGAUGUUUGGAAAAACAUAAAAGUACCAGAGCGCAUGAACAUGUAUUUCUUCACACGCGAGGAAGUAUGUGAGAGAGAGUUACAUAGACCCCAAUCUCAAUUAGCAUGAAAACGCUUGUCGUGCUGACAGUGUAGUUAUUUUUGUGAUGUUCACUUGGCUAGCCACGUCCAUUUGAUGAAGCGGGAUGACACCCAACUCACCAUAGCGGAAGAUGUAAAUAAACUCCAUUGUUCAGAAUCUGUGGUUGUCUUAGCAAUACAGCUGUACCGAACAGGGGACCUUCAAUAUUUUCAGAAUUUUGGCUAAAUUGAUUCUAGGCCGUCAGGACACAGCUCUCGGGUCAAGUAAAUAAUACUUCUGUGAGCCCCACCAACAAUACAACUA